AUGUCUUUCGCUGUCUCAAGGUCACUGCCUAGGACCGUUCUGCGGUCUUACGGCACCGUCCAAGGUCCUCCUGCAGCCUCCCUCGCCAAUCGCAUUCCCAAUGCUUUAAUCGAAGCCACUACGGCCACUGCUCCUCGGACCAACUGGACCCGAGAGGAAGUGAGCCAGGUCUAUAACACCCCGUUGAACCAAUUGACCUAUGCUUCUCAAGCGGUGCACCGCCGUUUCCAUGACCCCUCCGCCAUUCAAAUGUGUACCCUGAUGAACAUCAAAACGGGCGGCUGCAGCGAAGACUGCUCAUACUGCGCCCAGUCCUCCCGCUACGACACCGGGCUCAAAGCUACCAAGAUGAGCCCUGUCGACGAGGUCCUCGAGAAAGCCCGCAUGGCCAAGGCCAACGGCAGCACCCGUUUCUGCAUGGGUGCCGCCUGGCGCGACAUGCGCGGUCGCAAAACCUCCCUCAAGAACGUGAAGCAGAUGGUCUCCGGUAUCCGCGACAUGAACAUGGAAGUCUGCGUCACCCUCGGCAUGAUCGACCAGGAGCAGGCUAAGGAACUGAAAGAAGCCGGCCUGACUGCUUAUAACCACAACCUCGAUACCUCCCGCGAGUUCUACCCGACUAUUAUUACUACCCGCUCAUACGACGAGCGUCUGCGGACUCUUGACCACGUACGUGACGCCGGCAUCAACGUCUGCUCUGGCGGUAUCCUUGGCUUGGGCGAAUCGGACGAGGACCGCGUUGGUCUCCUGCACACCAUGUCAAGUCUGCCGAAGCACCCUGAGUCUUUCCCCGUUAAUGCCCUGGUGCCCAUCCCCGGUACCCCGCUGGGCGACCGGAAAAUGGUCCCCUUUGACCGAUUGCUUCGGACUGUUGCGACUGCCCGGAUUGUCAUGCCCGGUACUAUUGUCCGUCUUGCUGCGGGUCGCAUUGCGCUCUCGGAGGAGCAGCAAGUUGCCUGUUUCCAGGCUGGGGCUAACGCCAUCUUCACGGGCGAGAAGAUGCUGACUACUGACUGCAACGGAUGGGACGAGGAUCGUGCUAUGUUCGACCGAUGGGGUUACUACCCCAUGAAGAGCUUUGAGAAGCCCGAGCCUCUAGGAGACGCGAAGACUACGGCCACCCCGCCCCCGGCUGGGGAUGAGCCUGUUGCGCCGGUCGCAGCUACUGCUUAA